AACCCAGCUGCCUGGGCUCCAGUUUCCGCCCGGGCAUCUUCCUGCAGGCUCCGUCUCGUGCGCCCCGCGGCUUCCGGUCCACUGUGGGUCUCACCCAGAGACAUGGGGAAAGUGAGGGGGCUGCGGGCCCGCGUGCACCAGGCUGCCGUGAGGCUCUCGGCGGAGUCCGCGCCCGGCCUCGCGCUUCCGGUCCAGGAUGGGGCUCCUCCGCAGACCUCGGCUGGCGGAGUCGGGAGAAAGGAGUGGGCUUUUGUGAACACGGACAUCUUUGCCAGGACCAAGAUAGACCCCAGUGCCUUGGUGCAGAAGCUGGACUUGGACACAAGGAGUGUUGCUUCCGUCAGGAGAGGUGCCGAGGCGAAGACGAUUUUGCCCAAGAAGGAGAAACUGAAGCUGAGGCGUGAGCGGUGGCUGCAGAAAAUCGAAGCCAUAAAGCUGGCUGAGCAGAAGCUCAAGGCGGAGCGGAGGCGGCGGGCCACGGUGGUGGUGGGGGACCUGCAGCCCCUCCGGGACGCCCUCCCGGAGCUGCUGGAGCUGGAAGCUGGCGCCCGGCGGCCACACACCCGAGGGACAAGCAGCAAGCCCCGGCCAGCGGAGCUCAGCCGGAUGAGCGCGGCGCAGAGGCUCCAGCUCCUUGAGGAAGAAAGGACUCGCUUCCAGGACCUACUGGCCAGUCCCGCCUACAGAGCGAGCCCCUUGCAGACCAUUGGGCAGCAGCUGGCCCGGCAGAUGCAGCUGGACGGCGGUGGCCUGCUCUGACCUGGCCUGGGGUGUGCCGUGAGCUCCAAGGAUGCACAUGAGGUGCCAGAGAGGGCCGACUCCUCGCCAUUAUCACCUGGAUCCUGGAGGCAGCCUCCUCGGCCCUCCUGCCCCCUCUGGAGGGUGAAUAAACGCCGCAUGAACUCAGGCAGUGGGACCACGCUUCCUUCUGUGCCUUGGCUGUCCCGUGAGCAAGACAGUUAUUGUUACAAGUCCCGGGUUUGAAGGUUGGGCUCUAGAAGCAGUGUCUUAAACCUUCAAUCUGAGGAUGUGGAAGGGGGCGGGUGCCUUUCUCAGACCUUCGGGAAUGAGAUGGGGUUUGUGCUGUGCGGGGACCAGCUGAUCAUGACCUCAGGGGCAGUGGAGGAUGUGGCUCAGGAGGGUGGGCCCUGGGUCCUCUGCUCGAGGUCCCUGGUCACUGGUUGCUGGAAUUGCCUCGGAGCAGUGGCUGGUGUGUGGGGCCCACCCUCACACGGCUGGAUGAUUGGACUGAUGGCUGCGUCGGGGUUGCGUGUGGCCACCUUCCCGGCAUCCAACAUGUCGACGCAUCAUGUGCCGGCCCUCAGAGGGUCUCAGACCCCAUGUGUGCUCCACGCACUGGCUUUCUCCAGGUUUGUCCUGGACAGGGGGGUGCACGGAGCCCAUGCAACAUCAGCCAGUGGGGUGCACCCCUCAAGGUCCUGUGCUGCUUGAAGCCAAUUCUUGUACAAACGGCGGCUGUGCUGCUUCUGGAACGUUCCUUGUGCAGCGAUAAAGCCGGUGCCGGCAGUCUGGGCUGAGGUCAUUGUGCUGAGACAUGGGGGCUCAGCCCCUCCAUGCUUCCAUGGGCUCUCGCCCGAUGACUGGGGUUUUCCAGGGUGCCUGCUUCCAGGAUAUCGGGAGAGCCAGCUGGCUGGCGGAGAUAGCAGGACGCCGGCCUUCCGGGUCUUUCUCUGAUGUAUUCCUAGGGCAGCUGGUCCCCUGCUCCUGGACCUGAGACAGCGCGUCUGCAUGAAGAAAGACUCGGCCAAACUGUUUUCUUCUAAAGAUGUUCAAAUAAUGUUGGUUAAAAUGACAAUUACAUGCAUAUUCCUGA